AGUCGGUUUAUAUAUAGACGCACUGUUUAACUCAGACCGAUAGUCAGUUUGUUGAGGUAGACCGAAGUGGACGGUUUGUGAUAAGUUAUUGGCGUUUUUUGGAAUAAUUUAUUUACGACAAUGGAAGUGAUAUUUACAAUCAACGGGAAACUGUUUAAAGUUAAUCCCCAUCAAGUCCCAAUUGAGACCUCUUUGGGAUCAUUCAUUCGCAAGAAUGCUCAAUUAAGUGGAACCAAAUUGGUCUGCCGCGAAGGCGGUUGUGGAGCCUGUAUCGUAAACGUAAACAGUGAACAUCCGGUCACGAAGGAGCUUCAAAGCUGGGCAGUUAAUUCAUGCCUUCUCCCGGUGUUCUCCUGCCACGGGCUGGACAUCGUAACGGUCGAAGGAAUCGGCAACAAAACCAAGGGCUUCCACGCGGUCCAGCAACGACUCGCGCACUUUAACGGAACCCAGUGCGGGUACUGCUCACCCGGUAUGGUCAUGAACAUGUACAGCUUGCUCGAGUCCAAGGGCGGUCAAGUCACCAUGCAGGAGGUCGAGAACGCCUUCGGAGGAAACCUCUGUCGGUGCACCGGGUAUCGACCGAUUCUGGACGCGUUCAAAUCGCUGGCAGUCGAUGCCGAACCUUGUCUCAAGGUGGCAUGUCAAGAUAUUGAGGAGCUGCCGAAAAUUUGUCAAAACACCGGCAAACCAUGUCAAGGUCGGUGUGGUCCACUGGCCAAGAAAGGGCUGCAUCUGGUGUUUGAAAAUCAACGCGAAUGGCACAAGGUGUACAACGUGCAGGAUGUGUUUGCAAUUUUGGAGAAGAUUGGAUCGCGGCCGUACAUGCUGGUCGCUGGCAACACUGCACACGGUGUCUACCGUCGCUCCGACAGCCUGGAGGUUUUCAUCGAUAUCAGCUCCAUCGAGGAGCUCAAGUACCACUCCCUCGGGAGCAGCUCGCUGACGGUUGGGGCAAGCGCCACGUUGACACAGCUGCUGCAAAUAUUGACGGAAGCGGCUGUAAAGAGCACUGAUUUCCGCUACUGCACCGAGCUCGCCAAACACGUCGACUUUAUCGCAAACGUCCCGGUUCGGAACGCGGGUACGAUUGCGGGAAAUCUUUGGAUGAAAAAUCAGCACAACGGGUUUCCGUCGGAUUUGUUCCUGAUUUUGGCUGCGGUGGGGGCUAAGUUGACGAUUGCUGAAGCUGGUGGCAAGCUGAACACCGUGCUAGUUGAAGAUUUUCCCAAAUUGAAUCUAAACAAGAAAGUUAUUCUGAACGUUGUUCUUCCUCCUCUGAAUGCUAAUAAGUUUGAGUUUAGAUCAUUCAAAGUGAUGCCACGUGCUCAGAGCGUCCACGCGUACGUUAACGCUGCAUUUCUGUUCGAAUUCAACGCGGACAAAUCUUUAGUGACAUCGGCAUCGCUUUGCUUUGGAGGAAUCAACUCAACGUUUAUUCAUGCCUCCAACACGGAGAACUUCGUGCGUGGUAAAAAUAUCUUUUCUGACGAAGUUCUACAAAACGCCUUCACGAUCCUCUCAUCAGAGAUUGCUCCAGAAGAGAAACCUGGAGACUCCUCCGUUGAAUAUCGCAAGCUUUUAACAACUACCCUGCUAUACCGCGCCAUCUUGGACAUUGCCUCCAAACAUCAGAUCCCGAUAACCUCAAAAUACCAAUCCGCAGCCCAAGGUCUGCACCGUCCACUAACCACCAGCAAGCAGGAGUUCCAAACCAUCCAGAAAAACUGGCCCAUGAACAAGGACGUCCCCAAGGUGGAGGGUCUCGCCCAAACAGUCGGUGAAGCCAAGUACAUUGAAGAUCUCCCAAACGUUCCGAACGAGCUGUACGGUGCGCUGGUCCUCGCUACGCGUCCCAGAUGCAAGAUCCUCAGCAUUGACCCGGAACAGGCGAUGAAUCUGGACGGCGUGCAUGGUUUUUACAGCGCCAAAGACAUCCCCGGACGAAACGACUUUAUGCCAACGGAGUUGGACAACGCCGAAGUCGAGGAGAUCUUCUGCAGCGGUGAGGUGCUGUACUACGGGCAACCGAUUGGGGUGAUCCUGGCGGAAACGUUUGAGCUUGCCCAUCGGGCUGCGAAAUUGGUGCAGGUUAGCUACGGUGAACCCGAUGGGGAACCUGUUUUGGCGACGUUGAAGCGCGUGCUGGACGCUGGAGCUCAGGAUCGGAUCCACGAUCAACCGUACGAUCAAGAGGGGGAGGAAUACGGUAAGGUUGAGGGCCAGUACAGGAAGAUCGAGGGUCGUUUUGAACUGCCCGGGCAGUUCCACUUUUCGAUGGAGUCCCAGAUGUGCAUCUGCGUACCGACGGAAGACGGCAUGGACGUGUACAGCUCGACUCAGUGGGUGGACAUUUGUCAAAUUGCCGUUGCGCAAGCGUUGAACGUACCGGAGAAUAGCUUGAACUUUUACGUCAAACGGUUGGGAGGGGCGUUCGGUUCGAAGAUCUCGCGAGCUUCGCAAUUUGCUUGUGCCUGUGCCAUAGCCGCACACUUUAGUCAGCGACCUGUUCGGUUGAUCCCGUCGCUGGAGACUAACAUGGAGGCGGUUGGUAAGCGUGCCUCGUGCAUCAGCAACUACCAAGUUGAAGUGGAUGGGGACGGUAGGAUCUGUAAGCUGUUGAACAACUACUUGGAGGACUACGGGUGCAGCUUGAACGAACCCAUCGAGUGGGUUACGGCGCAGUUCUACAAGAAUUGCUACGAUGCAAGCCGGUGGAAGCUGGUUGGGAAGGCAGCUGUUACCAACUCUGCCAGCAAUACCUGGUGUCGUGGUCCGGGAACCAACGAAGGGAUCACCAUGGCCGAGAAUAUCAUGGAACACAUUGCUCACGCUUUGGGGAAAGAUCCACUGGAGGUGAGGUUGGCAAACAUGAGUGAAAGCCACAAAAUACGAGAACUGCUUCCGGAGUUUGUCCGGGAUGUCCAAUACGAGCAGCGCAAGCAGGAGAUUGAGAGAUUCAACGAAGCGAAUCGCUGGAAGAAGCGCGGCAUCGCGAUCGUUCCCAUGGAAUAUCCGCAGGUGUUCUUCGGUCAAAUGCACGCCCUAGUUUCGAUCUACCACAUCGAUGGAACGGUCUCGAUCACUACAGCCGGAAUCGACAUGGGACAAGGCGUCAACACCAAGGUAACCCAAGUGGCGGCUCACAUCUUGGGCAUCCCAAUGAGCAAAAUCAGUAUUAAAACGAUGAGCAGUCUAACCUCACCGAACGCUAGCGUUUCCGGCGGUAGCAUGACCAGCGAAGCAGCUAGCUUCGCGGUCAAGAAUGCUUGCGAGAUUCUGCUGAACCGCAUCAAACCGGUGCGGGACGAGUUCCCGGAAGAGUCCUGGGAGCAGAUAACGCAACGCUGUCACAAGCUUACGAUCGACCUGUGCGCCAUGUACCAGUACAAAGCAGGGGACAUCCAGAACUACCAAGUCUACGGACUCAGCUGUGCCGAAGUUGAGGUGGAUGUUCUGACCGGAAACGUGCUUGUGCGUCGAGUUGACAUUCUGGAAGACACUGGGGAGAGCAUCAACCCGGCGAUCGACGUCGGACAGAUUGAGGGAGCGUUCGUGAUGGGGAUCGGGCUGUACUUCACUGAAAACUUGAUCUACAGUGACGACAACGGACAGCUUCUGACGAAUCGAACGUGGAACUACCACCUUCCGGGAGCGAAGGAUAUUCCGGUGGAUUUCCGGGUUAAGCUGCUGCACAAUACUUUCAACGAGACCUUUGUGCUACGUUCGAAGACCACCGGAGAACCGGCGCUGAACAUGACGGUAUCGCUGCUGUUUGCGCUGAGACACGCGCUGAACUCUGCCCGCAAGGAUGCUGGACUUUCGGAUGAAUGGUACACAAUAGUGACACCCUCAACCCCGGAACAAAUCUGCCUUGCUGCAGGCAGCAAAAUUGAACACUUGAAACUACAAUAAAUUUGUAUUUGUAACACACUUAUGAUCGCUAAUAAAGUUUAUCUUUGCUGUACAGUGAA